UAUGUUGGACGAAGCUCUGAGACAAUCAGAAGAAGCUGAGAGAGCAGCAGUGUGGAUGAAGAGGAGGAUAACGGGCUGUGUUUGAUCCGGAGCAAAACUCCAGUCCAGCAUCUGCUUUCAGAUUCUGAUUCGAACGAGGAAUCGAGCUCCUGUGUUUUAAGUCGAGACCAGUUUCUGCCUUUGAAGACUGAACUGGUCUGUCCUCAGAUUCAGACUCUGCUUUUUAAGCUGGAUCUGGAUUUCUGGCUUCUUUUUGAACCCUGCAGAUGAACGAGAAGAAGAACAGAGUCGCUCGUCUUCCUCGGUUUAGAGAUUGAAGCAGCAUAGCAGAUGAUGACGUCUGAAGCUCUGUCAGAGGGUCCGCUGGGUCCUCAGUCUCCUCCCUGACCACGGCCCUUCUUGUUCCUCAGUCUGGUCGGACGCCGACUCCAGGAACAGUCCUGCUGGUUCCAGACUCCUUUCACAUCCCAGUUACUGAGGCCACUGUGCUCCUGGGGACACUCAGAGCUUCAGACAUGGUUUGAUCCCCUGGUCCUGAUCUGGGCCUCACCAAAGUCUGACCACAGAGAGCUCCUGGGCUUCAUGUCCUGGAAGUCACCCUCAGCGGGAAGUUGGUGUGAACGGGCCGACAGCGAGGACCGCCAGACAGCAGGCUGAAGCUGGGGUGGAGCUGACGUGACAGACAUGAAGAACAUGGAUAAUGGACAAAGUCACGUGGAGAGUUUGGUCUGUGCGACCCUGUCCGGUCUGGUACUGGUCCUCCUGGGACUGCUGGGCUCGGUCCAUGGCUGUCCUGGUGUCUGCACCUGCUACGGUAACACGACUGACUGCUCUGCUGUCGGACUCCUCUCUCUGACACCCGUCCUAGCUAUGCUAGACCCGGACUCUCGGAUCCUCCGCCUACCCCACAACAACCUCUCCUCUCUGGGCAAGACGGAGCUGUCCAACCUGAGCAGCCUGGAGCUUCUGGAUCUUUCCCAGAACCACUUUUCCACCCUGCAGCCAGGGGCUUUUUCAAGCCUGAGUAGCCUGCGCUGGCUCAAUCUCUCCACUAACUACCUUGGGGUACGCCUGUCGACCUCUGACCACAGAGGCAGCACAGAGGCCCUUAGGGAGUUGAAUCGAAGUCAGGAGAGCGUUGGUUUAAGCAAGGAGGUUUUCAAGGGGCUGUGGCGGCUGCGAAGACUCGACCUGUCCUCCAAUGGCCUCCUGUGGCUGCCUAGAGGUUUGCUGGAUGGCCUUCAGAGCCUCGCCUGGCUGUCCCUGGCCAGCAAUCGGCUUGUGGCCCUGGACAGAGUCACCUUUGAGCCCCUGGUGGGGCUACAGCAGCUCCUGCUGGCGGGAAACCCAUGGGAGUGUGACUGCAAGCUGAGGGACUUCAAACUCUGGAUGGAGUGGCUGAUUUACCGGGAUGGGCAAGUAGAUGCGAUGCAGUGCUGUCUCCCAGGGGAUCUGAAGGGCAGGGACAUCCGCAGCGUGCCAGCAGAGAUGUUCAACUACUGCCUGCAUAAUCCAACUAGGGACAGGCCACCAGGUUAUGCAACCCGGCCUCCCUGCCCGCCCGGACGAAUCGGCAUCAACGAGGAUUGUGUUCGACAGCGUUACCGGCCCAUAAGUGUCCGCCGGGCACAUGGCACACAAAUUGUUGCGGGUGUGGUUUGUGGCACGGUGUGUGUAAUGAUGGUGGUUGCAGCAGCUUACGGGUGUGUCUAUGCUUCACUGAUGGCACGAUAUCAGAGGAAGACAAAAAGGCGCGGCCAGCCUCUGAUGGCCGAGUCUGGAGCUGACACUGACCAGGAGGAUGGGCAAAUGUCAUCCCCGACCUCAGCAGAGGAGACGUUGCCCAAAGAGGCCUGCGGCAUCGUGCAUGGGUAUCGAAUCAGCAGCUUCUGACAUGCUGCCUUUUACUGAGCGUUGGUCCUUCCAGGAUGCUACGGUUGCUCCUCAGCUCUCAUCACUGAUGAGAAAAUGUCUGGAGAGAGAAACCCUGCAGUUCUGCAGAAAGUCUCUGGGUGGGGACUGAUUGCACAGCUAAUGGACCGGACUAGAGUCAGUGAAAGUGGAAUGCUGCAGCACUUCCUUUAAUAUAUGGAAGCUCUGUGAAUUGUUAUUCCCUGCGCUGCAUCUCUCAGCCAAUUCCUCUGAAGCCGUUUGGCACGUCCGCACCUGGACUUCCUUUCAUCCGUGAUUUUCUUUCUUCUGUAUGAAACUACCUUGUUGUUCAAGUGGUCUGUCUUAGUGUCAACAAGCACAAGCUCCAAAAGUACAAAAGCCAGUGACUGUGAAAUGUCCUGUUGUUUGCUGCACUAACCUUUUCUGUUACCAAUCAGGUGUGUAUAUUUGAUGUUCAUCAACAUCCCCACUUUGAGAAAUCAUUCUUUGUACCCGACAUUUAAACCAUGUCGGAGUCCUGCAGCUGUCAGGGAAAUGCUGCUUUGAGCUUCAUCACCCUGAUAAGAUGCAUUCGCACAGAUACUAGAGCUGUAGUGCCACCUAGAGGCUCUGAGCUACAACAGCUUCUAAUCCAGCACAAGCUUGGUGACAAGUUAUAUUCCCAGCAAAGCCAAGGAUGAGACACUGACUGAACAUGUGAGGCAGUCAGCCCAUAUAAACGUUAACUGUCAUAUGUGUUUUAUUUUGUCCAUGUUUUCUGUCACGAACACAUGAAAAACUGUCUCAAAUUUAACUCAAGGACUGUUAUUCAUGGUGAA